AUGGUUCCAGUAAACAGGCUUAAUAUCACACAGUACCCUAUGCCGGGCCCCACAGUUCCCCCCGGAGGUAUAUAUGCUGGUCUCUUCAGGAGAGGAGAUGGCACCUUCCAUUGGACGAUUAUUAUUUCCCAAGACGCAGGUCAUGUUGUCAACAAGUUCCAUGCCACGGAAGACAGCCGAGGAUGGCGCUUUGAGUACUCCCUUCACACCAUAGUGAGGUCCGUCUCGGCUUGCGCUGUUGUCAAGAUUGGAACACUCUCAUCAAACCGUCUUGUCGGAGAUAUCCAUACCCUCCUGAAGGAUAUUCCUAUGCAGACACCAGUUGCUGACCUUCCUCAGUCUUUCAGCUGCCGCAUCUGGUUCAAAGAAGCGGUCCGUGUGUUAAGCAACAACGGCAUUAUCAGGUGCCCUGCUGUGAGCCGGUUGGAGGCUGAGCUCAAAGGAAUUGCGCGCGAGCAGGAAGUUUUGAUCGGUCUAGGAUAUGAUUACAAGAUCUUCGUUUCCGACUACUCACAGUAG